AUUGUAAGACAGUCAUCCGUGCUCCUCAUUGAUUGACUGUGAUGUUUGCUCUCUUAAAGCUAUCUUUCACUAGGUGAUAUUAACAAUUAAAUAUAUAGAAUUUCGGUACUCUAAUUAAUUCGUGAGAACGAGUAAAACUGUAAUUAAUCGAAAUACCGCCUGAUUUUUACGUGUGAUGCGAAUUAACUUCCUGCCAGUCUUGUAAACAUAACCUCACUUUUCGAAAAAUCAAUAAUUUAUUCUGGCAAGUAAUCCUCCAAAAAUAUUCGAGUUCCAAUUUCGGUAAAGAUUUCAUUUGGACCUCUCUCAUGUUCCAACGAUUUUCGCGUCACUUUGUUCUGUGUUCUGUCCAAAAUGCCUAUAAACUGUAACAAUCUUCCAAUCAUGGUAAUUUUGUAAAUUCUUUGAGAAAUUUGGACGUCUGUUUCUUCGAUACAAUAUUAAGAAUUCAUGUUAUAUGGUCUGACUUUCAGCUGCAUUUCUUGCACAUAAUAAUUUUUUUCUUGUUUUCUCCAAUGGGGAAAGAAAAGGGGGAAAGAUAAAUCGUGCAGAAGUCAGCAAAAAAAAACAGAUCUUUAUAAUCUUUAUUAUUGAAAUAAGGAAUAUUUACGAGUAACAAGAAAUUGUCAUUUAAUUUAUAAAUAGAAUAAUAUAUAUGUAAUUGAUAUGAAAAAUAAGUUAUGGUAAGAGCGAUUGGCAUUUUUAAGAGCUCACUAAUAAUUCUAUACAGUUAAUUUCAGUUUGAUUUAAUUAAUAUUAUAGAAGAGCUAAAGAUUUUAUACAACUGUAUAAUCAUUUUUACCAUAACGUUCAAUAUUUGAUAUCUGAUUGCUCGUUUGAAUUUGGUUUAAUGUCAUUAGAGUCAAUUCAAUAUAUACAGCUCUCACACAUACAUUCUUACAGACGGCCACUAAAUCAAGACAGUCUGUUGUUCUCAAGUGGGUUAUCGAGCCUAUAAUAUUUAAUAACAUUUUUAAUAACACUCUUAUGUAUUGAGAAUGAAAAAAAACGCAAAGUACAGCAGUUCUAAGGGUGGCUAUUCUUCCUCAACUACGUCGUCGGACAGUCGCUACGAGGGACGUAUGCGCGACUCUCCAAAUGGUAACUCUUACAGUCCAGCUGGCAGCUUGGGAAUGGGCAUGGGGACGGAUCGGGACAGCCCUCGGAAUUACACAUCCAAACCUCUUUACAAGAAGGAGAGAGAAAAUAGAGACUAUAAGCUAUCCUCCUCUAGGGACAAGUAUUCCGAUUGUGCACGAUCCCUAAAAGACAAGAGAAGCCGUGAGAGCAGAGAUUCAGAACACAGGACCAACCACGAUAGGAGUAGUGGGGAGAUCUUACAUCCCUUAAAAUUAUCAUCAAACUCAUCAAGAGAAUCUUCAUCCCAGAGAAAACCAUCACACAAUUCUUGUCAGGAUAAACGUGGUGAUGAGCGAGGAGGUGCAACGGAACGAACGGCCAGAUUUGGCGAUUGGUCAGAACACAUGAGUUCGUCGGGGAAGAAGUAUUAUUACAACUGCAAGACAGAAGUUUCUCAAUGGGAAAAACCACGAGAGUGGAUCAGUCGGACAGAUAAUCGUCAACGUCAAUCUAGUGACUACUCCUCUAGGUCAAGUCAUGAUAAACAUUCCAACUCGCGAUCGAAUAGCAGUAGCAGUAUGCGAGAUGGUAAAUCGUCGCGACAGUCUGACAAACGAGAAUAUUGGAGCUUAUGUAGCGCGAGCGGUGGUGGCAGUAGCAGAGAUGAUGUUUCUGCAAGGGAGAGGGAACGGGAAAAAGAACGGGAAAGGGAACGAGAGCGAGAACGAGAACGUGAACGAGAACGGGAACGAGAAAGAGAAUCUAGAGAAUGUAGAGAAGAAGUUAGUGUAGAACGUCAAACUCAAGAUAUGGAUAUCUCACCAGGCGAUUCUACACCAACUUCAGAACCCUUGACAUCAUCCUGCGCUCACGAUCCACUGCCACAAGGGCCUGUUCUCCUGGCCGCUGCGUUACCUCGAUUAACAUCACAUCCAUCGUCAACGACACCACAGGCAACUGGAAAACUUAGUUCACCAACGCAACAACAGGGAAGCAGUAAUGCUCCGGGACCACCAGUGUCACUGGCAAAUCUCCCAAGAUUACUGUCGCAAAUUACGGGCAACAAAGAACAACCUGACAUCACACCACAGAAGGCAUUACAAACAAUUCAAACAGCUAUUUUGCUAUCUCGACAACAGUCUGUUAGUGGGGAUCGAACUAAUACUGGAAGUGAUGUGAUGGUUCCAUUAAAAGUUGAUACAAGUGGCAAUAUUACAAGCGAGGGUCCACCUACUCCCACACAUUCAGAAACCCAGGAUUGUAUCGACGCGCGAAAAUUAACAAGUCCUGGCGGAACGAAUUCCGGAGUACAAGGUCUAAGCUCCUUGCAAAGUCUCAGUACAUUAGGCUCCCUUGGAAAUUUGAGUAAUACAGGAGGUUUACAAGCAUUAUCAAGAGUGCAACCUCCUUUAACACCUUCUUUAACACCAUCUCUUGCUAAUCAUUACCGGGAAGACUUGACGCAGCAUGUGCGUGCUUUUCCUGCUGAUAUUCUCGAAAAACAGGCACAGAAACUUAGUGAAGAAGCACAUACAAUGGGCAGUUUGCAGUGUACAAGAGUGUCCGCAGAGUUGAAAACGGCACGCUCGAUAGUGAGGCUGACAGAAAUUCAGGCAACGUUACAGGAACAAAGGAUAUUAUUCCUCCGUCAACAAAUUCAAACACUGGAGGAGUUAAAAUCCCAAAAUUCCUUCAUGUCUGACGAUUCUUAGUGUAAGAAUCUUUAUAAAAUAAUUAUAAUUACAAUCUAUAAUUAAUUCAAGCAAAAUAAAACAUGAUUAUUAAUAUUCUCAUUAAUAUUGAAUAAUUAAGAUUGUACCUAAAUUAUAUAAUAUCGUAAUAGAAGUGAUAUAUAUAGCGAAUGAACGUGGGCUGCUCAGAGAGGAUCGGCUGUUCCAUUUAUCAGCCAACGAGUCUUAAUAACUAAUUAAUGAAUUUAUUAGUGAAUCCACCUCUCUGAGAAGCACAGCAGGCCUAUCCAAGUCGCAAACACAACACUAAAUAAUUAGAAGAAUGAAUCAAUUUUAUCAGUUCAAUGCAAACUACUGAAUUGUAUAUCUGAAUUGUCCACCAUCGUCUUGUAUUUACCUAUGUUAUACGUGUCAAUGUUUCAUAUCCCAAGAUUAAGCGGCAUUUUAACUAGUUGAAACAUUUUUGUUGUAAAUCUCGGAAUAAAAUUCGUGCCACAA